UCCAACAACAACAACAACAACAUGCUAGAGUCAGCGAGACGCGACGUCGGUAGAUGGCUACGAACGUGUGUGCGUGGCGAAGGCGUGCAUCUGGAUCUCUACACUAAACUUCUCUGCCUACUGUCCCUCGGCUGGCUGUACCUCUAUCGAACAACGAAAGAUGAAGCAGAGAAGGCAACGGAAAUCUACACCGAAAUUUGGACGCUGGGCGACGCGGAAAGGGAUCGCCUGAAGCAGGAACGGGAUUACGUGGAGCGGGUGCAAAAAGCGGUGAGUGAGAAGAAGAUGGCCGCC